AUGGAAAUUGGAACAUUACUUCCAACGACAAAAGUCGAGAAUGAAGAGUGUGUACUCUGUUUUAAUGACAUUGACAGCGAACAAGGCGUAAACAUCUGUGUUAAAUGCUUCAGAUGCGUAUGUCAUGAACAUGCAAAGGAACAUGCAUCGAAAGAUGGCCACUGCAUGUUCUUAAACCGUCGUAGACACAAAAUAGAAGUCAAGUCCGAUCCAUACAAGCUCGGAAUUGGCGUUGAAGGCGGUUUUCAAGAUGCAAAAUACGAAUAUGAAUACGAAUUAAGGCUUUACGACUCAGAAAACUACGAAGUCUUCCCAAUGGAAUGUGUUGACGAUGAAGCUGCUGUAGAUUUAAUCGAGAAAUUAAAGAAAUUACCAAACAUCUCACAAGCAGCAGAAGUAGAGCAAUGGGAGCUCAAGAUUGAAGAGUGCAAGCACAUCAAAGAACUUGAUCAGUCGCAAAUUGUCAAUUCUGACCCACAUAUGCAUUGUUCUUCCUGCGAACUCGAAAACAACCUCUGGUUAUGUCUUACAUGCGGCUAUGUUGGUUGUGGUCGAAAGAACUUCGACGGAUCCGGCGGAAAUGGCCACGCAUUAGAACAUUUCAAGCAAACAGGUCAUCCUGUCUGCGUGAAGAUGGGAACCAUUUCUCCUGAUGGCAGAGCCGAUCUUUACUGCUAUUCCUGCGACGAAACCGUUUCAGAUUCUCACAUUAAGGAACAUUUAGCCAAAUUUGGCAUAAACGUCGACACAGCCGUCAAAACCGAAUCGACAACUACAGAACUCAAUGUCCAGAGGAACAAAGACUGGGACUUUGACACAGUUUCCAAGAAUGGCAAAGAAUUUGACACAUUUGAAGGUCCAAACUCAGUCGGAUUAGUUAAUCUCGGCAACACAUGCUACAUGAACAGUGUUUUACAGCUUCUCGCCUCUAUAGAACAGUUCGAAAACGAAGUUACUUCACCAGAUUACGAAAAACAACGUUGGACAGAUCCGAAACGCCAAUUCUACCGCUUAUUCCACGAACUACUAGAAGGCAAACGCAAGUCUGUCUCACCAAGAUUGCUCAGAACCGCUGUUUGCCGCGAUCGCCCUCAAUUCAUGAGCGGAGAGCAACAAGACGCCGUAGAAUUCUUCCAAUACCUGUUCAACUACAUAACUGUCCACAAUCCGCAGUCGUAUUUGACUCACGUCGAGUUCGACCAAGUCAAUUUGAUGCAAUGCGCAAAUUGUGCUGACGUUACUACGACAUUCAUCAAGGAUCAGCCCGUUCUUGUCCUUUCCCCGCAGCCGCAUUUCGGAGAAGAAGAAUUACAAGUCAAAAUCGAAGAUUUGCUUGAAACAUCGCUAAAUAUCGAGUAUCCUACAAGGAAAUGCGAUAAAUGCCAGAAAACUGGUGCAAAUCAAAAGAUUUUGUUCACUAAUUUCCCUGAUUUGUUAUUUGUCGCUGUACAACUUGAUAAUAUCAGUCCAACAGGUAUGUGCAAGAAGAUGAACAUCAAAGUACUCUUUGAUCCAGACAAUUUCGAUAUUUCCAAGUACAAAUCUGAUAUUAAACAAGAAAAUGUACAAGUUGACGAAACAAAAGUCUCCGAGUUAAUGAAUUUCGGAUUCUCUAGAUCACAAUGUGUCCGUGCACUGCAAAACGUUGACUCUGUGGAAGCAGCAGUUCAGUUCAUCAUUGACAAUCCACAGGAAGUUUCACCUGCAGUCCAACAGGUCAUGGAAAUGGGAUUUUCCGAGGACGAAGCAAGAGACGCACUCCAGGAAACAAGCGGCAACGUCGUAUUGGCAAUAGAGUGGCUGUUCGGACCGAGAAAGAAAUCGGCUCACUCCACAAAAUCUGAUGGAAACAGUGUCUACGAAUUGGUCGGAUUUCUCCAGCACAAAGGAACUUCUGCUCUCUGCGGACACUACGUCGCAACAGUGAAGAGAGACGGAAAGUGGGUGCUCUACAACGAUGAGAAGGUCGCUGUCUACCCAGAUAAUGAACCUCCUGAGUUCGGAAAGGGUUAUUUGUACUUGUUCCGCCGUAAAUAA